CGUUAUAUAGACGCUAUUUUUUUCGUAUUGUAAAAACGUUGAAUGAAACGAUUGAAUGGAAAGGGAAUUUUCUUUCAGCGAAACAUAUAUAGCGGGGCUAAAUGCAGAAUAUUUUGCUAGUAUAAUUCUAGGACGCUAUUCAGUUAACAAGUUCGGGUUAUUUUUUUUUGCUCAAUGUUUGUGUUUUGAAUUUUUGAAUGGUUUUUCCGUUAAAACAGAAAACAGAAAUUUGUUUGCAAAUUUACAAAGUUGUAAUUUUUGAGUUAAAAUUUGUUUUAUUUUCGUUAAAGACAACUUUGUCGAGCUUUUAUUUUUGACCUGUGUGGAAAGUGUUUUUUUUUUUGCAAUUAAAAAAAGUUUUUGCCUUUGUUGCAUUCAAUCGAAUCAGUUCAUAGUACAGGAAUUUUACGGAUAUAUUCAAGCAUAAACAGGACAAAUCGAAAUGGGAUCGUUGCAACAGUUAUCAAUUGUGAAAGGAGCCAAUCGCGAACUGAGCCUGAGACCCAUACAGAAAAUAUUUGAGGAAAAUCUACGAAACACAAACAAUAAAACCCAAACGGCGUUAAUUUAUAGCGAUUCAGUGGAUGGCGAACGCAUAACCACUUACGAUGAACUGAAUAAAACCGCCAACCGUUUAGCCGCAUACAUUUUACAAACGAUCCACCAUUCGAACGGUCAACCGAAUUCGGAUGGCGACUGGAUCGUUGCAGUUUGUAUGACACCGUCAGACAAUUUGAUUGCCACUCUAUUGGCCGUGUGGAAAGCGGGCGCUUCGUAUCUUCCAAUUGAUCCAACCUUUCCACAUAAUCGCAUCCAGCAUAUCAUUGGCGAGGCUAGACCAAUACUGCUUAUCUACGACCGUUACGAUGAUUGUUCGGUAUUUUCGGGAACGAAUUAUGUGUCGUUCAAUGAAUUGAUCACGCAAUCAGUCGCCUGUAAUGACGAGAACAUCCGCGAUGGAAACGCUUUAACGAAACAGGAUGGUAAUGGUAUCGCUAUUAUUUUGUACACAAGUGGAUCGACAGGUGUUCCGAAAGGGGUUCGGCUACCGCAUUCGAUUAUUCUGAACCGACUGCAAUGGCAAUGGAAAACAUUUCCGUAUUCAGAUAGCGAAAAAGUUGGAAUAUUUAAAACUGCUCUGACGUUCGUUGACUCAAUUUCAGAGAUAUGGGGCCCAUUACUGAACGGUAUGGCUAUCUUAGUAAUCCCAAAAGAAAUUACGAAAGAUCCAGAAAGAUUAGUGGCUGCUCUGGAACAGUUCAAAAUCGAGCGAUUGGUUCUGGUGCCCACAUUACUACGAGCAAUUUUAAUGUAUCUUGAAUUGAAAAAUGAGCCUGGUCUUCUGUUCAAUCUCAAGAUUUGGGUUUGUUCGGGGGAAAUUCUGUCCACCAUUUUGGCGGAAUCGUUUUUUGAUUAUUUCCAAGAACAAACUCACAUUUUGUGCAAUUUCUACGGAUCCACCGAAAUAAUGGGCGAUGUAACAUAUUUCAUCUGUGAAAGCAAGGCGCAAAUCCAAUGUUUCGAUAAGGUUCCUAUCGGAUACCCAGUGGACAAUACUGUGAUUUACAUAUUAAACAACGAUUUAACGCCGGUCAAAGCUGGCGAGACAGGAGAAAUGUUCGUAUCCGGAUUGAAUUUGGCUGAUGGGUAUGUCAAUGGCAGAGAUCCUCAUCGAUUCAUCGUAAAUCCGCUGGCAAGUGACCCAAAAUACGAUCGCCUGUAUCGAACUGGUGAUUAUGCAUCAGUACGAAAGGGUGGCUGCAUCAUCUACGAGGGUCGAACAGAUUCACAAAUCAAAAUUCGAGGCUAUCGUGUCGAUCUGACGGAAAUCGAGAAAAAUGUCCUUUCCAUCGAAGGCAUCGACAAAGCUAUUGUUCUAUGCUAUCAUGCGGGUGAGAUAGAUCAGGCAUUGUUGUCGUUUGUCACCUUGUCCGACGAUGCAGCGAUACGGCAAGAGGCGCAGCUCGAACAUGCUUUGAAAGCGAAAUUGGCCGACUAUAUGGUACCUCAAGUGAUAAUAAUCGAUUCGGUUCCAUUGCUGGUCAAUGGUAAAAUUGAUCGUCAAUCUUUGCUGAAAAUGUACGAGAAUACGAACAAUAACGAUGACACUGAAAUCGUCAUCGACUAUGACUUUUCGGGCAUUUCCGAGUACAAACUCAGUUUGGCACAUGAUCUUUUCCACACAAUCGGUGAAGUGAUUGGUCGUUCCACCCGUACAACCAUUUCUGCGAAAAGCAAUUUCUAUGAAUUGGGCGGAAAUUCGUUGAACUCAAUUUUCACGGUGUCACAAUUGCGACAUAAAGGCUACAAAAUCGGAAUAACGGAUUUCCUUAAAGCAAAAACUCUCGAGGACGUUUUGGAUCGAAUGAACGAAGACUUCGUUGACGAAGAAUUCAUGCAAUUAGCGGCUGCUCCAUUGGCGCUACAUCACAAGAACCAAACGAUUGAGAUUAUAACAUCGAGUUUCUUUGAGAAAGCCGACCUUGAACAGUGGUUGAAGCCAGACAUUCUGUUCACCGAUUAUGGAGACAUCAUUGAAGAAAUCUGGGAACUGAUGGUGGAAAAGGACCUGAGUUUUGUGGUAAAGGACGAGAAUAAUCAGAUUAUAGGCGUUGCGCUUAACUUUGACGCUAGAGAUGAACCUGAGCUGACGGUAACCAGUAAAAUGAUAAUUGUUUUCGAAUUUCUGGAACAUGUCGAGGGGCCGAUAAGAGAUAAUCAACUUCCCGAAGGCAUCAACAAAAUCUUGCAUUCAUUUAUGAUGGGCACAUCGUCCCAUUUAACGGCCCAAGAGAACAUCGCCGUAAUGCGUUUUAUGGAGGCUGAAGUGUUGAAAUUGGCUACGCGCAAAAAAUUCGCCGGAAUUCUGACAACAAACACGAAUCCGUUGACGCAACAGCUGGGCACCGAUAUUUUCGACUAUCAAGUGAUGUUAGAUUAUCAAGUGAAUCAAUAUGUUUAUCGUGAUGGUAGUAAACCCUUUGGCAGGGCACCGGAUUCACAACGGGCUAUCGUACAUUGGAAGGAAAUCAAAUAUUAAAAAAAAAGGAAAAAAAAUUGUCACAAACUUCACACAUGACCUUUCGAUUAUUUAUUAAACAUACAAGCACCACACAUUGUGUACAUAGAAUGCAGAACUUCCGGAAGUAUUAGAUAGAUCGAUUUCCUUUUAAUUUUAAGUAGACCGCUGUGGAACGGUAUCUUUCUAAUUGAGUUUAGUGCUUGACCAUUUCUUCCAAAAAGAAUUUGGAAUCGACAAAGAAUUCUUUGUCUCAGCCUUCCGUACAGUUGAUGUCAACCAUAUUUGUGUCAAUGUUUGCUUCAGCUGUUUUAACAGUUGGUCCUUUCAUACACAAACACACGCGCGCGGUAUAACCACAUAAGCACGUAUAAGUAGUGUGAUUGUAUGAGUGGAGCAGUUGGUGAAGCAGCUUAGACACAAAUUCGGUUGACAUCAACUGUAAUUUAAAUAACAAAAUUACGUGGUAUCCACCCACAAGGCAUUUUCUUUGAAAUGUUUUUCUGGAUCGAUUGAAGACAGCCCUGCAAAAGCAAAAUCAUUCCAGUCGUUGAAUAUGCCCAAUUUAGGUUUUGUCCAGUUGGUCGCCAAUAAGGCAGGAUUUGUAAAAGCGUGAAUUUAGGUAGGUUGAUAGGCUUUAACGUGUUAACAUUAAUAAGUGACAUCAAAAAUGUAAUUUCUGCACAUUUAGGAAAUGGAGAUGUUAGAAUUAACUAGAAUUAUAAGUAGAGAUUUUAGUUUAAGCUCAUCUGUAUUAUGAGAAACCUAUUACAAUUACAAGUUUAUUCUUAUUAUAA